AUGACACCUAAACCCUUUACUAUUAUUCAGGAAAUGUGUAACGAGUUUGUAACAGAUUUUAAUAAACUUGAAGAUGGACCGAUAUAUACUAAAUUAGUUCACGAUGGAACUUGGAAAGAGUCUGAAGAAAGUAUCGCAAAUGUAACUAAAGAAAUUCUUGCAAUUCGAGCUUUGUUAAAAAAUCUUCCUAUUGGUGAUUCUUUUUUCAUUAGUACAUUGGAAAAACAAAGUGUUGCCAGUGCUAACAGAAAAGGGGAUGGAUUUAUGGGGAGAUAUGAGAUUCAUCCUAAGUUAUAUAAACGUUAUAAGGAAGAAACCGGCCUUGAUCCUUGGAUAAACUCUGAUUCUUCACAAACAAUGGCAAAUACACAACCCAAAAUUAAUUUACCAGAAUUGGUGUGGCAACGAUUUGAAAAUCUUUGGAAUGAGGUAAAAAUAUUUCCUGAAGAAGAAAUGGUUUUUGAACGAGUUCUUGAAUCCAGAUUAUUCGAAGAUAAAGAGAUCAAUAAAUUGGUAAAGAAAUUGCAAUUCAAUCUCAGCUUUCUUAUUAUUGAUAGGGAGAGAAUUCACGAUAAAUUCUACUCUGAAUAUAUAAAAUUAGAAAAGGGAAUAGAUGAAUUAAAAAAUGAGAAUAUUGAAAUCAAAACCGAGAAUACGAAGUUAAAAUAUGACAAAGAAGAAGUUGAAACUGAGAAUAUAAAGUUAAAACAGGAUUUAGAUGAAUUUAAAAAAGAACUAGAGUCUAAGAAAAAUCGUAAAUUCCAGGGAAAAUGUAUCCUAAUAGCUCAAGUAUUACUUGGAGAAGAACCUGUAGUUGAAUACCGUCCAUCUUUUAUGGAGGGAUUAGAACUUGAUGCUUUCUUCCAACGCCAUCGAAUCGCACUGGAAGUGCAAGGGGCACAACAUCGGCUCCAUCAUACCAGCUGGUAUAAAGAUGUUAAAAAACUCGAGGAUAUUGUAAAUCGUGAUCGGAAAAAAAGAUGUAUAUGUCAAGAUAACGGAAUUUUCCUACUUGAGGUAUGGUAUGAUGAAAAACCAGAAAUAGUUAUUCCUGAAAGGAUUCAAAAAAUUAAGGGUUUCGUUAAUCAAGCAUUUAAAAUUUUCGACCUAUAA